AUCAACACCUAAGUAAGCUGCCGCAAAUAAGAAAAACUUGAUACAUUUUUGAGAAAAGUGCAAUAUAUAACGCCCAAGGCAAAGUAUUAGUUAUGUCUAAGGUAACGGUUCAAGACAUAGAAGCCGUCGACGACUAUUGGGGACCAACAUUUCGCUCCAUACUCGAAGGCAACAAUAGCAAAUCGAUCAGUGAGCAACUGGAUCAGCGUGUACGGAGCCACGACAAGGAGAUCGAACGGAUAUGCAAUUUGUAUUAUCAGGGCUUCAUCGACUCCAUACAGGAACUGCUGCAAGUGCGCACUCAGGCCAAGCAGCUGCACGACGAAGUUCACUCGCUGGACACCUCGCUGCGCACGAUUAGCGCCUCGCUCAUCCAGCAGGGGAAUGAGCUGGUGCGCGCCCGUCAAAUUGAAUCGAAUGUGGCCAGCGCGAUUGAGGCGCUCAAAUCGUGCCUGCCCGCCUUGGAGUGCUACAUGAAGUUCACUCAGCAGGCGAAGAAUAAACAAUAUUAUCAGGCACUGCGCACACUCGAGACUCUGGAGACGGAGCAUCUGUUGCGUCUGCAGCAGCACAACUAUCGCUUUGCCACCCAAAUGCAAACACAAAUACCCAUCAUCAAGGAGAAUAUACGCCGAUCGUCUGCAGCCGAUUUUCGUGAAUUUCUGGAGAAUAUUCGGAAAUUUUCGCCACGCAUUGGUGAGCUGGCGAUCACGCACACCAAACAGCUGCAGAAGCGGGAUAUCAAUGCCAUAAUCCAGGAGCACAAGCUGCUGGCCAAUAACGGCAGCGACGAUGAUGGGGCAAAUGUGAGCGCUCAAGAUUUGAUUGAUUUCUCGCCCAUUUAUCGCUGCCUGCACAUCUAUAUGGUGCUGGGACAGCGCGAGUACUUUGAAAAGGACUACCGGCAACAGCGUCGGGAUCAGUCCAAGUUGGUGCUGCAACCACCACCCAAUAUGCACGACAAUCUGGAGGCGUAUAAAACAUACAUUUGCGCCAUUGUCGGUUUCUUUGUGGUGGAGGAUCAUGUGAAGAACACCGCUGGGGAUGUGGUCACGAGUAGCUAUCUGGAAGAACUGUGGUCCACAUCGCUCACCAAGUUCGUCAAUGAGAUCAGCAUGAGCUCCUCUUCGUGUACAGAUCCAAACAUUCUGCUCCGCAUCAAGAACCUUAUUAUGCUCUCCAUAAAUACCUUUAAGUGCUAUGGGUACACGGUGCAAAUCCUGUGGGAACUGCUCCACGAUAUGCGGGAUCAUUACAACGAGGUUCUGCUGCAACGUUGGGUUCACGUUUUUCGCGAGAUUCUGGACAAAGAGCAAUUUGUGCCGAUGGUGGUUGAGAAUGUGGAGGAGUAUGAGUGCAUCAUUGAGCGAUUUCCGUUCCACUCUGAACAACUGGAGAAUGCGCCGUUCCCCAAGCAAUUUCCCUUCUCACGCAUGGUGCCAGAAGUCUAUCAUCAGGCCAAGGAGUUUAUGUACGCCUGCAUGAAGUUUGACGAGGAGUUGACCCUCUCCCCCAACGAGGUGGCCGCCAUGGUGCGCAAAGCGGCCAAUUUGCUACUGACACGCAGCUUUAGCGGCUGUCUUUCGGUCGUCUUUCGACAGCCGAGCAUAACACUUGUCCAGCUCAUUCAGAUCAUCAUCGAUACCCAGUAUUUGGACAAGGCGGGACCGUUUCUCGAUGAGUUUGUCUGCCACAUGACCAACACGGAACGUAGUAUUUCCCAGACACCUUCGGCCAUGUUCCAUGUGGCUCGACAAGAUGCCGAGAAACAGGUGGCGGUUCGCAUCUGCUAUAAAAUUGAUGAAUUUUUCGAGCUGAGCGCCUACGAUUGGCUCUUGGUGGAUCCGCCGGGCAUUGCCUCUGCUUUCAUUACGGACAUGAUUUCGUACUUGAAGAGCACCUUUGACAAUUUCUCCUACAAGCUGCCCCACAUUGCCCAAGCCGCUUGUCGUCGCACCUGCGAACACAUUGCCGAUAAGAUCUAUUCGAUAUUGUAUGAUGAGGAGGUUAAGCAGAUCUCAACUGGCGCCCUCACCCAAAUCAAUUUGGAUUUGAUGCAGUGCGAGUUCUUUGCCGCUUCGGAGCCGGUGCCCGGUUUGCAUGAGGGAGAGCUGAGCAAAUACUUUCAGCGGAACCGUCAACUGCUCGAUCUGCUCAUUUUGGAGGAGUGGAGCACGUAUUUCCAUGACUAUGGCAAACAGGAGAAUCGCUAUCAUCUCGUCCAACCGCAGUCAAUAAUUGCUAUACUGGAGAAGAUACGUGAGGCGGAUAAGAAACCCAUUUUCUCGCUGGUGCGCAAAAAUGAUAAGAAAAAACUGCUAGAAACGGUUCUCAAGCAGCUCAAACAUAUUGCCGAUCGUCAGAGUUAGACAUCUAGCCUAUAUCCUAUAUAAUAGCAUAUUAUAGAAUAAACUCUUGGCAUAAUA